UCACCAUCAGAACUAACAUCAGAUUGAGGAAAAAAAAAAAAAGGAGAAGUUCUAGUAUUAGAAAAUAGAAACCAAGUAGAGAAGUUGAGAAAAUUUUGGAGAGAAACUAAGAUGUUGAUAUAGUGGAGGUGCUGGAAUUUGAAUAAAAGUAAUUUUAAAACAAAUGGCUGAUUUGAUGAGAAUCACUUGUUUUAAUGUUCAUCAAUCAUAAUUAAUGAAUCAAGAAAUUUCAGGUCUUCUUGAGCAUUUACUUCUUCAUGGUAAUUAAUUUAUCAGAUGAUAAGAUUGAUCAUCAAAACCAUGCAUCAUGAAUUAAUGUUGGUAUAUAUUUACCCAAUUAAUGAUAAUGCUGCCUGCAAUUAAUAAAAACCGAAGUCCUAAGAGAGAGAGAGAGAGAGAGAGAGAGAGAGAGAAAUAUUCAUAUAUCAUGCAUGGGCCUCUACAAUUAAAGUCUGCAGGGUGAACAAUGGGCUCUCUGUAUCCUUCUGCCUUCAAAUAUUACUUGUCUUUUCAUUCGUGUUAGUGUUCUACUGUUCUGUAGUAAUGUCAAUAUGAUAAUGAUUCACAACCCAGGAAAAAAAAACAAAAAUAAAGAUGAUGACUCAAAAGCAUUUAAUCUAUACUCUUCUGGAACUCUCAUAAACUAGUAAUAUAAAAAUAUAAAAUACCAUGUAACUUCAUAUUCAAUCAAUCAAUGAUAUUAUCAAACGUUGAACAAUUCCACCUAACCGAAGGUCUUAGAACACACCACAUUCCUCUUUCCAAAUCACAGUUACAAUGAAAAGAAGCCCCGAGAAAUUUCAAGAAUCACCCCUUGUUUCUUAUAUAUACAUACCAUUAAACACCAAAACAUAUUAUCAAUAAAUUCCAUUUUCGUACAACACAAGUUUCAUCGAUCAUUAACAUUCAUCAUGUCGCUUAUCCCUAAACUGCUUGGUGAUGAACCAUUUGAUCCCUUCCUCUCAAUGGUUAACCAAUGUCCAGUCCUCAACACUCCAACGGAUUGGAAGGAGACCCCAGAAGCCCACGUGUUCACAGCCGAUCUCCCAGGGCUCAAGAAAGAGGAGGUGAAAGUUGAAGUCGAUGAAGGCAGAGUGCUGCAAAUAAGCGGGGAGAGGAACGUCGAAAAAGAUGAUAAAAACGAUAAGUGGCAUAGAGUUGAGCGUUGUCGUGGCAAGUUUCUUAGAAGGUUCAGGCUGCCUGAAAAUGCCAAGACGGAUGAAGUGAAGGCGUCAAUGGAAAAUGGAGUGCUUGUGGUGACCAUUCCUAAACAAGAAGUGAAGAAACCAGAGAAGAAAGUGAUUGAGAUUGAAGAAAUCAAGGGUUGAGAAAAUUAUAAUGAAAUAUUGUGUGCUUGUUUGAAAUUAUAAAUAUGUUUGUUCUAAGUGUGAUUUCCUUUUUUUGGGUUUUUCUCUGUAAUAAUAUUCUACCAUCAGUACCAUGUCCAUGCAAGGUACAAAUUA